AUGUCGGACGGCGGGGAGGACAUCGGUCUCUCCAUGACCAUCAACGAUGAGCUCCGCCUAUGCGGGAUGACCGGAGACGACGAGGACGAUGUCGUUGGGGAUGCCGAGGAGCUCUUCGACCGUCGUGCUGCCGAGGAGCUCAAUGGCGGCACUACUGGUAACCCACUUCCCGUCGACGAUGGUGAUGGCCCCAACGCCGUCCAGGGCGACGCUCAAGCUCAAGCCGCUGGUGAUGACGGCUCAAGCAGCAAGCCUAAUCGCCCUUCUACCUCGUCCCAGCCUGGGGCGGCACGGCAGCCCAAUCUCAAAAAGCAAAAGGAAGUCAACGGCAGCACGGCCACUGAACAGUGGUUUCCAUCGAUUCAAGCUAGCGACGGGCAGUCCGAUCCGGCGAAGAGCUGCCGCGCCGUAGGCUCCGGCGGCCGGGGAGACCGGGACGGAUUCAUGGAGGUUGUGACGGGGGUACUGACGGGGCUUGUCUUCAAGCUCGGUAAACUGCUGGUCGGCGAGUACAAUCUGCAGAAGGGGGUGAAGGGGGAGAUCAUGUUCCUCCAACCUGAGCUCCAUAGCAUGCAGGACGCCCUCAAGGAGAUAUCCAGAUCUCCGUCAGACCAUCUUGACCGCCAGGACAGGAUCUGGGCCAGCGAGGUGCGCGAGCUGUCCUACGACAUUGAGGACAGCAUCGACACAUUCGUGGUGCGCUGCGAGGGCGGUCAGCUCGCAGCGCCGGACGGCAUGAGAGGGUUAAUUGAUAGGAGCCUUGAUCUGCUUACAAGAUUCGGUGUUCGCCGUCAGGUUGCAAUGGACAUUAGAGGCAUCAAGAGGCGUGUCAUAGAGGUGCGCGAGCGGCGGGAGGUGUACAAGGUUGACGGUGUUGGAGCUAGGCCUGAUGCUGUUGAUCCUCGGUUGUUGGCUCAUUACACAAAGGUGACAGAGCUCGUUGGCAUCGAUGACGCUAGAGAUGAGCUAAUCAAGGUUCUGACUGAUGGGAGCGAAGCGUCCAAGCAGCAUGGCAGGGUAAUUUCCAUUGUUGGGUGUGGAGGCCUGGGAAAGACAACUCUUGCUAAUGUUGUGUACCUGAAGAUUAGAGCACAAUUCGAUUGCUGGGCUUUUGUUUCAGUGUCUCAAACUCCUGACAUGAGGAGAUUAUUCAGGGGUAUACUCUCUGAACUUGGCAAGGACAUCAACGAAGAAACACUGGAUGUGAAGCACUUCAUUGAUGCAAUCAGGAAAUUCCUUCAGGCAAAGAGGUACUGCAUUGUUAUUGAUGACAUAUGGGAUAUCUCAGUUUGGAAUAUGAUUAAAUGUGCUUUGCCUGAUAAUAUGGGUGGACAUGUAAUUAUCACAACUACCCGUAAUUUCAAGGUAGCUGAAGAAAUUGGUGGUGCUUACAGCAUGAAAGCCCUCUGUCAUGAAAGCUCCAGAAAAUUAUUUUAUAGAAGAAUAUUUGGCAAUGAAGAAAAAUACAAAUGUCCUGAUGAGCACCUAACGACAGAAGUAUCUGAUAGAAUAUUGAAGAAAUGUGCCGGUGUACCUUUAGCUAUCAUUACGAUAGCUAGUUUGUUGGCUAAUAAAGCAAGAGACAAAAUGGAGUGGCUCGAGGUGUACAACUCUAUUGGUACUGGACUCGACGAUAGUACAGAUGUAGAGAAUAUGAGAAAGAUUUUGGCAUAUAGCUACUAUGAUCUGAAAUACCAUCUGCGGAUUUGCUUACUAUAUUUAAGUAUGUUUCCAGAAGAUACCGCAAUUACAAAAAAUCAGUUGAUAUGGAUGUGGAUAGCUGAAGGUUUUGUACAAUGUGAACAACAAGGGAAGAGCUUAUUUGAACUUGGAGAGUGUUACUUCAAUGAGCUCAUAAACACAAGUAUGAUCCAGCCUGUGUAUGACUGGCAUGAUGCCUUGAUAGAAUACUGUCGUGUACACGAUAUGGUUCUUGAAGUUAUACGUUCCUUGUCAAGUGAAGAAAAUUUUGUUACCAUAUUGAACAAUGAGCACAACACAUCUCCAUCAAGAACGAGAAUGCUUCGAAGGUUGUCUCUUCAGAACAGCAUGGUACACCAUGAUACCACAUUCCCUAGUAUGAGCAUGCUACAAGUGAGGUCAGUUAUUACCUUUUCAUCCGAUUUUGAUCUAAUGCCGACCCUUGCAAGCUUCAGGGUUUUGCGUGUACUAAAUUUAAAAGGUAGUUAUCUCCCACAAGGUUGUGAUCUUAAGCAUCUUGGAAAUUUAUUUCACUUGAGGUAUUUGGGACUUGAAAGGACAUAUAGUAAUGAGCUCCCAGAUGAAAUAGGAAACCUGCGUUAUCUACAAACAUUGGACAUAAAGGGAAGUAAUAUUGGUAGCCUGCCAUCAACUGUUGUUCAGCUAAGACAUUUGAUGUGUCUUUGUGUCGACCAAAAUACAAGAGUGCCAAAUGGGAUUGGGAGCCUAACAACACUUGAAGAGCUCUCAACGUUAUACCUCUGCGACGAAUCCACGGAUAUCACAGAAGAGCUGUGCCAUCUAACUGAACUGAGGGAGCUAGAACUUUUCUUCUGGAACAACACCUUGGAGAAAUCUUUGGUGGCGUGCCUAUGCAAGUUGAGAAAAAUCCAGAGUCUAGUUAUCUGGGCCUCUGGUGCUGAAUACAAUUUUGAUGCAUGGGUUGCUCCUCGACAUGUCCGUAGAUUGCAGCUACAAUCCUGCUGGUUCUCAAGGCUGCCAGAUUGGAUGACUCCUUCCCUUCUGUGCCUCUCCUCCCUGUGGAUCAACGUGAGGAAGCUGCACCAGGAGGACCUAGAAAUUCUUGGGAGGUUGCCAGCACUCCAUCAUCUGUAUCUGAUGUUGGACCAUGAGAAACUCAAAAUCCCUCAGAGAUUCGUCGUUGGUGCUUGUUUGUUCCCAUGCCUGGUAGAUUGCAGGCUUUUGGGAUUUAUGGGAGCUGUGUUCUUCCAUCAAGGAGCUAUGAUGAGGCUCGAACACCUUGCCUUCACGUUGUAUGCAAGGGAUGUGAGAGAAAUUGCGAGCAGCGAUGGUAGUUGUUUCGACUUGGGCUUAGGCAACCUGCUGUCACUGAAGGAUGUCAUUGUUUACUUCCGAUCCGCAGGCGCCGGCGAGAUGGAAGUGAAGGAGGCCAAGGCUGCACUGGCCCAUGUGCUUGAGAUUCAUCCCAACCAUCUCAACUAUGACAUAUGGGGUUGA